UCCUUAAUUGCUUUUUACCUGCUUACAAGUUACAAACAACGCCAAACCCCAAUGUCCUCUACCGAUCCACAAUGUCCGAUCGCGACCUCACUGAUUCCGAGCGCGGGGAAACUCCGGACUCCCGGAGUUCGGAUUCGGAGGAGCGAGGGCGUUCCAUAAAUGGCAAAGAUGUCAAUGUCGUGUCGGAGUAUGAGAAACAGAGGCUUUCUAGGAUCGCCGAGAACAAGAAGAGAAUGGAGGCCCUUGGAUUGGCUAACUUGGCGAAAACACUUGUGGGUUCGGCUAAGAAUUCGAGGACCAUUGAUAAGAAGGGGAAGCGGAAACUGGGUGAGGAUAAUGAUGCCGAUGAAGAUUAUAAGCCCGGCGAGGAUUCUUCGAGUGCUGAAGAUGGAGAUGGAAUUGAUGGCUUGGAGGAAGGAGAUGAAGAUUUUGGAAGUGGGAAAGUUUCUGCAUCUGGUGGAAUGAAGAGUAAGAAUAAAGGUUCAAAAGCAAAGAGGAAAACUUCUGUCGAGAAAUCAAAUAAUUUAGAUGAUGAAGAUGAUGAUAAUGCCUUACGACAGGCGAUCGAACUUUCACUACGAGAUUCUGGUGUUAAUUCUGAUGCACAGGUGCAAGGUGCUAUUGAAAAUGUUAAAAGGAAAAAUGUGAAGACUCAGAAAAUAACAGGAGGAAUGAAGCGAAAGGGAUCGUUCACUAGCCGGAUGCAAAUGAAUGAGGAUGAACUUAUCGUGAACUUCUAUUAUUUUGAUGAGUUAUGGAAAGGGAGCAUCUCUGUUAGUGACAUGAAAAGAGUAGCAGCAGCUCAUGAUUUUACUUGGUCAGACCAAGAAUUAAAGGAUAUGAUUGAUUGCUUCGACAGUGAUGGAGAUGGGAAGUUAAAUUUAGAUGAUUUUCGAAGAAUUGCUGGUCAAUGUAACAUGAUAAAAGAGUCCACUUCUUGAUGGACUCGAACAACGACAGACUUGAAAGUCUAGAGGAGGAUGCAUGACAAGUAUUGAAGAGGAUUGUGGUGGCAUUUGUGCCUCCCACUUCAAUCCGAGAGGGCAAAAACCCGAGACUAUAGCUUAUUAUCACCCAAUCAAUCUGUGCAAUGUAUCUUAUAAAAAUUUAAGGUUGUCCUGAGCAAGAUGAAGGUGAAACACUAAUUUUUGUUGUGCUCAAAGUCUCGCCUUUUUCGAGUCGGCCCUUUUCCAGUCAAUCCAAGCCGACGUGACUGUAGUUGUAAAUAACAAGAUGAGAGAGAUGACCUUAGAAGUUCAAACAUAGGGUCAAACCAUACCAUAUCUUACUGAAUAAUCUGACUGAAUGAGGAAGAGCUCCUUAUGUGGUCUCCAUGUA